AAUAACAUACAUAUAAAUAUUACAUUUACUUUAUAGUCCUAGUUCAGAUAAAGCUACUACCACAUUUUAUUCUCAAAGACUCCCUGACGCAGCUAGACGAGAGGCUAGACUUUUAUUUUGGCACUUUCCUCAAAUGUUUUGACCCGAACCACGUGAAAGAGUCAGCACCACGCGUAAGGUUUACUAGAAUAGAUACAUCAUAAGCUACUGGAAGUUAGGGUUGGGAAAUUACUAACCGUUAGAUAUACUUAAACACAUCAUUACGAUUAAUUAAAUUAUCGGUUUGUUUUUACUACAUUCUGUCAGUUAUAGUGAGCUUUUUAAGUCACAAUUCAUGUUCAGCACGCAGCAGUUAGCAAGCUAACAUCAGAUUUGAAAAUGGAUAAAGAUGGUCGCGGGGAUUUUGAAAACCAAACUUUGGAAGAGACUGCAGUGAACGACUACAGUGCUCCAACCGUUGGAACUAUAUCUGUGGCAUCAACUAAUACAUGCACUGAGAGUGAUACUAACCUGGCAACAAGUCUGGAGACUCAGCCUGCAACAUCAGAGGAUAUGGACACGACCGCCUCCACCACCUUGGGAGCAAUGGAGUUCAAUUCCACAAGUGUUCAUCAGGAACCUGUAAAAGAGUCAACAAGUAACAGUGCGGACAGUGAGAUUCACAUAGAGCCUGGAAUUAAACAAGAGUAUGUUAGUGUAGACUCCUCGCAGGGUGUCUUGUCAACGGACCAAAUGGAUUCUGAGCUGAUGCUGAAGACUACAGACUGUAUCGAAAAAACGGUUGCAUUAAAGGAAAAUGUUGCCACCAGUCAAACAGAGCACAUAACGGAACAGGAAAAUAUCCGGACUGUGUCGACAGAGGACAUGGAAGUUACAGCAACUCCACCAGUAACAACUGACCAUACGAAGAUGGUGCCACAGUCUGCUGUGGCCUCCGUCACGAAUCUUGAGUUUGUCCAGAAGUCUGAGGGACUGAGCAGCAUCAUUCAGUACAGAGGGGACAGUUCUGAUGACCACUCGUCAGACAGUGAUUCGGACUCAGACUCUUCGUCGUCUUCAUCUUCCUCAUCUUCUUCCUCCUCAUCUGGACCUCUACUAAUUGUUAUGGAAGAGGACGACCAAGAAGGUCUCAGUAAAGGAAAGGGACCAGCACCUCUCAAGACUCAAGAUGAAGUCCUCGUUGAUGAGCUGCCUGCGGUGGAGGACCUCCACAUCAGUCUUCCAGAGGACACUGAGCUCAAGCCCAUGGGACUCAUCUCCAGUAUCGUUGACAAGCUCGUGAUUGUGGAGUCAUUCAAGGAUGCCCCUCCUCUCAAUGAUGACAGUGUGAUCUUCAGUGAGAAGAGAGUGGCCAUUGGCAAGGUGUUUGAGGUGUUUGGGCCUGUGGUGCAGCCUUUCUACGUGCUCAGGUUUAACUCAGACAAGGACAUCGCAGAGAAGGAGCUCAAGCACAAGGCCACGGUCUACUUCGCCCCCGCGGUGAAGGACUUCACUGCCUACAUCUUCGCUGAACGGCUCAGACAGCUGAAAGGAUCUGAUGCCUCCUGGAAGAAUGAUCAGGAGCCGCCACCAGAGGCUUUAGACUACAGCGAUGAUGAGCAAGAGGCACUGGCCAAACGGAGACUUAAGGAACAGAGGAGAGAAGAAAAAGCUGAGACUGAUGGUGAUAAGGACAAACAGAAACCAGGCAACAAGAAGCCCCCCAGACGAGAACCACGCCAGGCCUUGACCCCGAGGCCGAGGGGGCCUCCCAACCCCCGCGCUGGGCCACCCAGCCCCAGAGCCAGCUAUCAACACCACCUCCCCAACCCACACUUCCGCCCGCCUCCACCCAUGGGUGGUGGUUACAACCUCCACCCGCCAUACCCCCCUCCCUUCCAGGCUCCACCGCCAUAUCUGUCCAUGUACCCCGGGCCACCCCCGGCACACAUGCCCUGGCCCCCUUACCCCUUCCCAGGGAUGUUCAUGCCACCACCUCCCCCUCCACCGACUCCACCCCCACACUCAGCCAAUCAGCAUCGGCCAAACUGAAAUCCAAUGUCUCACUCACACAGGUAUAGAUUAUAGGCACUUUGAGAUAUCAAAUGUCAAAGACAUUGUAGUAUCAAGUUAUCAAAGACAUUGUAGCUGAAAACGGGGGUCUUUGAUCAUUUGAAAGGGGAAAUUACAACAGUGAACUAGGCUGUUGAUAUUAGAGCCUUAUCUUAAGUUUUAUCGGAAAGCAUAAUAAAUACCAUCUGGACAUCAUCCAUAUCCACAUCAAUUUUUUUUAUUUGUUUUUUUAAAUGCCAGUCUGACUUUUGAGGUUUUGUUUUUUCUUUUCAGAAAAAAGUAAAAUGAAUAGUUUCAACAGAUGUGUAAAUAAUGCUAACACUGAUGGCUUGUAAAUGACAUUACACGGUGAGAUCGAUCCAUGUUUGUAUUUAGUCCACAGCUUUUUU